AUGUCAUUCUCUGUUCGAGCCGGUAACUCACCUAUAUCGCAGAGGAGUCCGGCUUCCCAGCCGUAUAUGUCACCACAGAUGCUUCCGCAAUCGAUGACACGUUACGGUAUGCCACCGUUUUCGCUUACUGGUUCUGAUGAAGUUUACAACAAUCACAGUAACAAUAACAAUAACAACACCAAUAACAAUGUCAGUACCAGCAGUAGCAGUUUACCGGUGAAAAAGUCAGGAACGGAUCCAACACGUUACAAGACAACCAUGUGUAGGAACUGGGAGACUGGAAGUUGUACCUUCAGGGGAUGUACGUUUGCUCACGGUGUGGAGGAGCUGCGUGCACCCACACGAAUAGAUCAUUACCGAAAUUCGAACAUGGAACACCGUCAAAUAGCUCCGGGAAAGACAUCACCGUUGUAUUCUACAGGAGCUUUGGGAACCCCAAGUUCACCAAGAAUUGAGCAAUUGUUAAAGAUGCUGUAUGCUGAGAUUCGACGUGAGCGCGAUCUCGUUGCUGUCCAUGUUGAGGCUAAUCGUACCCUUGAAUCACUGCUUAAAAAAGAACAAGUAUUACAUGAACAGGCUAAAGUGCAGUUAGAGUCUGCAAAACAAAAACUGCAGGAACUUACCUGUGUCGUUUUACAAACUAGCGAAGAAUUAAAUACCUUUCUUAACUCCUGUAGUAUUAGUGAAGCACAACGUAGCCGGAUAACAUUGCUGGCAAGUAAAUUAACUGAGGUUAUCCCCCAGCGUGAUGGUACAAGUGAUAAAGCUGAGGGGGAAGAAAAUAGAGUAAAGGAAUUGCUCAAGGCACUACAAGAGUGUCAGAGCUCUGAGAAUGCUGUAAAAGAAACUUCCAUUUAUUGA